CCUUUUCUCAGAAAGUUGUUGAAGAUAGGGAAAGCGAGAAAACAGAGAAACUGACUCUGCAAGGAAAGGGCCAAAAUUAAAGCUUUGUCUUUUAAAUCCUUCCAUUUCGGGUUUUGGUUGUCUUCGCAAUCUCUCCUUUCUUUUCUUUACCUCCCCUUAAAAGUUUAUCUCUUUCUUUUUCUUUUUUUUUUUGGUUAUUUUAUCUUCAAAUAUGAUCCAGAUCAUGCAUGUUUCAAGGUCAAACAUGUUCUCAACCGUUCAUAGUCAGAAUUCUUGUUGUCAAGGUUUCAAUUUUCGUUGUCUGAUUUCAGUCUUCAUCUGUUUUAGUUGAUGGGCAUUCUUGUUUUUCGUUGAUUUGCAUGUUAUUCUUGUUGUGGACUUCAGUUUUGGGUAAUUAAGAUUAAAGGGUACUUUUUUUUCCUCUGUUGAUUUGAGUUUUGUUUUGUUUAUUUUAAGGGUUUAAGGGAAAUUUUUGUUUUUUUUAUUUGCUGUGUGUUUUGGGGAAUUAAUUGAGAGACAAGCGAUGUAUAUUGAGGAAUUGAAGGAAGGGGAGCAGCAGGAUGAAGAUCUGAGUAAAUUGUGUGGAGAGAGCCUGGUUGUUUGGGAUGCAAAAAGGGUUUUGGUAGGAGCAGGAUCACGUGCUCUUUUUUAUCCAACUUUGUUCUACAAUGUUGUCAGGAACAAGAUUCAGUCUGAGUUUAGAUGGUGGGAUAGGGUUGAUGAGUUUAUUUUGUUAGGUGCCGUGCCUUUCCCUACUGAUGUGCCCCGCUUAAAGGCACUUGGUGUCUCUGGAGUUGUGACCUUAAAUGAACCAUACGAGACUUUGGUCCCAACAUCACUAUAUUAUGCUCACAACAUUGAUCAUCUGGUGAUACCUACAAGGGACUAUCUUUUUGCUCCUUCAUUUGCUGACAUAUGCCAAGCUGUAGACUUCAUUCAUAAUAAUGCAUCUCUUGGAAAGACCACAUAUGUUCACUGCAAGGCUGGUCGAGGGCGCAGCACAACUAUUGUUCUCUGCUACUUGGUGGAACAUAGGCAUAUGACACCUGAUGCAGCUUACGAAUAUGUCAGAUCUAUCAGACCUAGGGUACUUCUGGCGUCUGCACAGCGGCAGGCUGUUCAAGACUACUAUCUUCUCAAAAUUAAAAAUAAUGGAAUUCCUGGAAACUCUUGGCACAUGAUAGUGAAGAAAACCCUAGUUCUUCCAGCAAAACAGGAUACAGCAGCCUUUGAUGAUGGCUCUGUAGUUGUCAUAACAGAGUCAGACCUUGAUGGAUAUGAUGCUAGCUUUGAUGCAGGCGUGUCAGCUACAGAGAUGUUGGGAGAGGGAAGCCUGGCUGGCAGGUUUCAGUUUGCUAGUCAGGCGGCUAUUGCCAGACUUUCAUGCCUAUGGCUUCGUUGCUAUGCAGAUCAGAAGACAUCAAGGAAGCCUGGUCCUUUGAGCAGUCUUGGUAUCGACAUCCGGGUUUAUUGAUUCAUUGAUGUUAAUUUGAGCUUGUUUUUUAUUUUUGUCAACUUCCCAUUUUUUUCAGAAAGCACAUUGUGUUUUUGUGUUAUUUCAUUUUUGGUUGGGUCAGUCAGAGAAUGAAGUAUAUACUCAUUCCUGGUUAACUCAAGUGAGAGAGAAACGUAUAGAGAGCGAGUUUAGUUUUCGUAUCUUUCCAGAAGCAUAGAGAUUGAGGAAGCAUGUGUACAUUGGUAGGCGUGGCAUUUCGUGGUAAGUUUCAAUUGUACUGCAAGUUUUAGUUGUUUAGGUGGGGAAAGACUUCCUAAGUUUGUACAUGGAUCAAAAUGUGAGAUGUUUCUGCAAAAUGUUGUCAUAUUUAUCGAUCUGCUUAUCUCCCAGCA